AGUACUGUUGACAUCUCUAUCGAAAUAAGCUCGUUUGAAAAAACUUUGUUAUGUGUUUCAAUAUAACGUAGUUGAAAGGUUUGCUUCUAUUAGUGAUCGUCUUUAAAGGAGGAGACAGAACAUGUCGAGGGAAAACUUACACAGAAGGGAGAAUUCCAAGUCUCGUACAUCUAUGCGAGAAAAACUGGUAGAGAAACAGAAAGCAACUGAUGAACACGAGAGCAACUUUACUGCUGGUCGUGUCAAUGUGCGAGAGAGAUAUCUGCACCGCACUGGAAUAAGAGGGAGAAAGAGCUGGAUAUUCUAUGCUGUUUUGUACAUUCUGGCUCUCAUUGUCAUAGUCAAUAUUGUGAUGCUUGCCAUUUUGUAUCAUGUCUUGCAAAUGAGCAAAGAUGGGAUGAAGUGCUUGUCAUUUUUUGAGAAUGAUAAUGUUCGAUUUCAUUGUAUAAGUGACCUGGACUCAGUCAAUUUGUAUGCAAAUCAAACUGGAACUUUUAAAGACCACAACUUGGUUAUUGAUAGUGAUGACGAAAAGGUAAUUUAUGAUGAAGUUAGAGUAGUCCACAAACUUUGGUACAAGUUACUUAUGUUUCAAAAUUCUAUUUAUUUGAUCACCAACCUCAAAAGUUACCAUGUGGCCUACUUUUCAUUCCAGACACUUGUAGAUCCUAGCAGUAGGAGUUGGGUUGUCAGCAAUGAGGACCAGAAUUUGAUGUUGACCUCUGAACAGGAAAUUUUGGUGGAGGGACAUGAAGGUCUGGGUUUGGACGGAAAAAUGAUUCACAUUAACGCUGACGAAGAUGUAGAAAUUUCCUCUACCUCGGGUGUGCAAGGAAAUAGCUUGUUUAAGAUUAUGUUGGAUGCAGGCAGUGGGGUCCACGUAGCAGGAAGUGCACUGGACAUGGUGAUGCCAACUGGAGCCCCAGGCAGUGUAUUAGGGAAACACAAGCUCUGUGCAUGUAUAAACACGGGCAAGCUUUAUCGUGUGGCAGUUGUGAAUACGACCUUCUCAACUUGUUCUACUGUGAAGAAUGUUUGUGGAUAAUAACAGUAGUUGCUGUCUUGAAAAGCACUUCUCUACACUCAUUUAUUGACUUAAUUGCGAGUAAUUUUGCGGGAGGUAACAAACUUGGUCAGAAUAUGUAGUUGGUGAAAGGAAUAGAGAGGGGAAAAUAUUGACAUGAACUUCACAUUGCUCUCCAGUGAUGCUGUUUUUCAAACGGCUUGUUUCCGUGUUAUGUUAGUUUUAGCAUAAUAACAGUUGCAUAAACACGUUGAAAGAAAAGGCGAACAGCAAGUUCAUCAUUCUUCCUUUGAGUGACAGUUUUUUUCAUCCAACCCUCAAAUAAUUCUAAUAGAGAAGUGGGGAAAAUUUCUAAUUUUUGCCAAUAAAAAGCACACGUCUUUACAUUUUUACACCAAUGUCUAAAAGGCAGAGAGAAAAAACUUGUUUUUGUAGCGGUUUGCCGUUUGCGUGAGGUUAAGUAAGAUUGUAUCAUCUAGUAAAUAUUAAAUUUUUAUACCUGGCAUUAAAAAUGCUGUUUUUCUGUAAUGUUUGUAUUUUUCUACGAGGGAAUGAAAUUGGUUAGAGUUAAUUAAAACGUUUGAAACAA